GUGCGGCGGCUGCCCUGCGGACUCCUGACUCCUGCGCGGACUCGCGUUACCUCCACCUGUCACUUCCCCGGGGGCAGUAGAUCGCUGCGUGCUGGAGGGUCCGGGUUGGGUGCACUGGAUUUGCCCUGCUGUACCUACAGUGUGCACAGCGCUGCACCUUAAACUACUGCUGAAUUGAAAGGAGGAUCUGGAAGCAGAUUGGGAUCUAAAGAGAGCAGAAACUGCCUUAUCCGGACAUGGGAUCUUUAAAACAAUGCCUGUGGCUGCUGGCUACUGUCAUCUGCCCUGUGUUCUGCGUGCCGCCCGAAUGCACCAUCAUGUUGUUAAUUCAGAAAAAACAGGACGAUUGUUUCAGGUACAUGGAGAGCGAAAACCACACAUCGGGAUGUCAAAGAAUGUGGGACAACAUAACCUGUUGGCCAUCAGCGGAGGUCGGGGAGAGCGUGGUGAUGCAGUGCCCUCAUUACUUUGACUUCUUCACCAACACAGAAGCAAACGUGUCCAGAAACUGCACUGACCAAGGCUGGACGGAGCUGCACCCCGGCCCCUACGCGCUCACCUGUGGUUUCAAUCCGAACAGCAGCCAAACGGAUCAGACCGCAUUCUUUGGAAUCAUACGGACCGGAUACACCAUCGGACACAGCCUGUCUCUUAUCUCCCUCACCGCUGCAAUGAUCAUUCUUUGUAUAUUCAGGAAGCUGCACUGCACCCGGAAUUAUAUCCACAUGCACCUCUUCAUGUCCUUCAUCAUGAGGGCCAUAGCCGUGUUUGUGAAGGACGUCGUUCUCUUCGAAAGCGGAGAGUCCGAUCACUGCUUUGUCGGUUCGCCUGGGUGCAAAGCGGCCAUGGUGUUUUUCCAGUACUGCAUUAUGGCCAAUUUCUUUUGGCUUUUGGUGGAAGGACUUUAUCUUCACACGCUCCUGGUCAUAUCUUUUUCCGAAAGAAAGUAUUUCUGGUGGUACAUUUUGAUUGGCUGGGGGUCCCCGACGGUAUUUAUUACGGCCUGGACUGUUACCAGGAUCAAUUAUGAUGAUGAAGGAUGCUGGGAUAUAAUCGACUCGCCAUACUGGUGGAUCAUCAGAGCCCCCAUUCUGGUUUCAUUUUCGGUCAAUUGUAUUCUUUUUAUCUGUAUCAUAAGGAUUUUGGUGCAAAAAUUACACUCACCGGAUGUUGGAAGAAAUGAAAAUAGCCAAUAUAUGAGACUGGCCAAGUCCACACUUCUGCUAAUUCCACUUUUUGGAAUUCAUUAUAUAAUGUUUGGGUUUUUUCCGGACAAUUUUAAAGUUGAAGUGAGGCUGGUGUUUGAUCUUAUCCUCGGAUCUUUUCAGGGUUUCGUGGUGGCCGUUCUGUACUGUUUUCUUAACGGAGAGGUUCAAGGCGAACUGAAACGCAAGUGGAGAAGGUGGCAUCUGGAAAGGUUCCUCGGAUCUGAUAUGAAGUACCACCAUCCGUCCCUCGGCAGCAACGGAACCAACUUCAGCACUCAGAUCUCCAUGUUAACAAAAUGCAGUCCAAAAACGAGGAGGUGUUCCAGUUUCCAAGCAGAAUUGUCCUUGGUGUGACAUAUUACGCGUCGAUAGAGGACUUUAGAGUAAAACUUUUCCCGGUGAUCUUGGCUGGGUCACCUUCAAGAUAAUGCAGAUUGAUGGAAGUUCUGAAUACUUUUUGGAUUUGCACUUUAGGAGGUUCUAAGACCUUUACUUUGCUCAUCAUGGUUGAGUGGUCUCGAUCAUGCGGACUAUUAACGCUCCAUUAAAACAUUUCAAGACCGAGAAGCUCCUGACAUCACGCUAAAAACCUCAUCUUUAACCAACGUUUAGAAGAAGACCUGCUAACCAAGCCUGGAUAAAAGUGACA